GGAAGUAAGCGCCUCAAGUGCACAGCAGCGCACAAUGAAGGCGGCUCCAACGAUAUCAGCCAGCUGGCAGAUGUGAUACUUGCUGUAUGGGACUAUGCUCGGCCAUCAGGUAUCCAUCACGGAUGAAGCAAUGAGCAAGAGCCCUCGAUGUCUCCCACAUGCAAGCGCCCCUUGUUUCCUCCUUCAUCCUCCACCUUCUCCCGCUAGGCAUCUCGCGCAAGCCCGCCCCCUCGUACAAGCCGAGGCCCCCGCUUGGCUAGCGGCAGGCACUCCACCGUUUGACCAUGAUAUCCCAGAAUUUCACCAUCGAGAGCGUCUGCCCGCUCAUUCGCUACGACCCUCCGAGCGGCUGGAGAGAAGGGGACCCCGCAGAUGACCCAGAGACGGGCAAGUACUCGGACGGGCACUUCACCCUCACGAACCAGAUGGGCUCGUCCGCAUCCUUCACCUUCAACGGGAGCGCUAUAUACAUCUUCGGGGCAAAGAGGGACAACCACGGGGUAUACGUCGUAGAACUCGACGGCGAAGGCACGACAUUCAGCGGACACGAUCAAGCCGGCCAAUUCCAAGUCCCCCUCUUCGCGCAGGACUCCCUGGAUAACACGCUGCACACCGUGAAGGUCACCAAUAGGGAAAGCCUCUACCUCGACAUCGACUACAUCACCUGGACGGCAUCGCUUGAGGGCGACUACUCACCUUCGCUAACGACGACCCAAGAUGAUGAUCCCAUGUUCUCCUACACUCCCUCCAACGCCUGGUCGACCGCUCCCGGAGAUAUCCCCUCGCUUGACAAGUUCAGUGGCGGGACAGCACAUGGCACUCGCUCUGCAGAUGCCUCCGUCUCACUCGAGUUCACCGGCCAAGCAGUCCAGCUGUUCGGAGGCACCGGCUCCGCGCGCGGGCCCUACGAAGUCCAGCUCGACGACGGCGACCCGCAGACCUUCAACGCGACGAAGCGCGACGUCACGCCGCAGACCCUCCUCUUCUACGCAGACGGCCUCGCCAAUGACAAGCACACCCUGAAGUUGACGAACAAGCCCGUGACGGAUGGACAGGGCCUCGUCAUUGACUAUGUCGUGUCAUACAAUGUGCGGGGCGGGCAGGAUUCGGGCAGCGGUGAUGAUACCAGUGCAGACGACUCGAGCAAGAGCGGCUCGGACUCGUCGGGGAAUGCCUCGACGUCGAAUGCCGGAGCCAUCGCGGGUGGGGUAGUCGGGACGCUCGGAGGCUUAGCCGUAAUCGCUGCGCUUGUCUUCUUCUUCCUACGACGACGACGACGCAAGGUCCUAGCCGAAAAGAGCAAGCUCAUCCCCCAAAGUUUUCCUGCACCCGGCUACCCGCCCUCCACGCCAGGCUACUACGGCUCGCCCGGCCCAUACGGCCAGCCCACCCCUUAUACGGACGCGAGCCCGCAGCCAUAUCCCCCUCCACAACCCUACCCCGGCCAACCGCCCCUCAUGCCCAAUCGCGGCGGCUUCCCGCCAAGCGAGGACCAGCGCACUUUCACCUCGUACUACCCUCCAACGACGGCGACGUCGUAUGCGUACAAUACCUCGAACUCCGACGGCUACAACUCUUCGCACUCCCAGGGGCGCGAUGGCUCCUCGCAGGGCAGCGCGGGCCCGCCGCAGCCCCCGCCUCCGGGGGGCACCGCCAGCCCCGUCUCGCACGACAUGUCGAAUCCCUGGUCGCAGUCCAGCUCCGGGCGCUCGGGCGGCGGCGCGACGCAGAUCGGGGCCGCGCUGUACGCCAUGAACCGGACGGACACGGAUAGCGGGUCGCCGACCACCGCAGCGCCGCCUCCCGCGCCCUUCUCUGGCUCGGGCUCGAGGAAGGCGAUGGGCGUGCCGCUGCCUCCCUCUGCGCAUGGACCACCGCCGACGCACAUACCUAUGGACACGCUGCAAGAUCAGCGUAUACACGUACCCGGGCGGGAGCAGGACUUUGGUCCGCUGCCGCCGGAGUACUCGCAAGUUUUCCAGGGUCAUGGGAAUGUGGCUUGAGGCUCACGAGUGAGUGGCUCGAAA